AUGACUGCCUACGGGGACAGCGCCGGCAUCAAGUUCAAAUUUGGCGGCACAGUUUCCAAUACUCUGGAGGCCCAUCGUGUCAUUCAACAUUUUCAAGAGACAAAAGGACCAGAGACAACAGACAAAAUCAUCAACUCGUUGUAUUAUCAAUUUUUUGAGGACGAGAAAAACCCUGCAUCUGAUGAAACAUUGCUGAAGGCAGCGACCGAUGCUGGUAUUCCUGAGGACGAAGCCAAAGCGGUUAUCGAAGACAAGAGCGAAGGCCUGAUGGACGUGAAAGCGUUGAUCCGUGAACAGGCGUCGAACGGGGUGGACAGCGUCCCAACCAUCCUGGUCGAAGGUAAGAGAAGAGAUUUUACGCUGGUUGGGGCCAAGGACGUGGAAGAGUAUGAAAAGGUGUUGCAUCAGAUUGCAAAAGAGAGCCAUUAG